CUCCUCUUUACAACGAUCAUCUAAAAAUGUUAAGAUUAAAAUCUAGCCAAAUAAAACAAAUUUCUAGAUCACAGCAGUUGAGAUACGCUGGUGGUGGUCCACAGUUCCACGAGCCAACUGGACAUCUCUUCGCUGAGAAGCCACUUCCUAAUGGCCAGAAGAGAAAGUGGGAGAACUGGGAACCCAUCUAUUACUUUGGUUUCUACGCCGCCAUGGCUGGAGCAGGUGUUGCAUACUAUUACAAACCAGACACAAACAUUCAAACUUGGGCUCUCAACCAAGCAAAGUCUAGAAUGGAGGAAAGAGGCGAACUCCCAAAGUAUGAACCUUCAAAUUAAUACUCUAUACACUCCAUUUCAUUCUAUCUAAAACUGAAUUAUAAAUCAAAGUUACAAUAUCAACUUAAACCUCAAUCAAAUUUUCAUCCUUUACGCUAUCAACCACACCCUUGUGCUUGUUGUCGUCCUCUGCUUCCUCCUUGCGCUUCUCAUAGAAUUCUUUAAUAAUCUUUGGUGAUAUUCUGUUUAAUUGCUCCUUAGGGAAUGUGCGAAGGAGGUCCCAUGCGAGAUCUAAUGAUUCAAAGAUCGUUCUGCUUUCAUAUGGCCCUUGGUUAACGAAUUGUCUUUCAAACUUAUCCAAAAAGUCUAAUGCCAAUUUAUCUUCUCCACUGAGUGAUUCUUCACCAACGACUGCUUUCAUUGCUGCUGCAUCCCUACCGAUAGCGUAUUUCGCGUACUAAAGCGUCUCAG